UAUCGAGAUACGCCUUCUCAAGCAAGAGAACGGAGCGGUCGACGGAGCGCUGGAGGACGAUCUGAGCCAGCCAUAAACGACUGGGAGAAAAUCUACGAGCUACCUCCACACUCCUCAACGAUCGUUGGUAAAGACGUACCAACAAAUAUCGAUGUCAAACGGCGGCUUUCGAAUUUCCAAGGAUCCGUUCAGAGCCUCCAACGACGACAAGAAAGCGCUCAACGAUCAUACAGCGUCGACAGUCAGCGUCGUCAGCAUCAGGAACAUCCAAGCACCUCACUGUCGCAGAGUCGUUCACCGUCUACAGUCGCCUUGUCCCCAUCAUCACGUACGAACACACCAACGGCUAUUCGUGUUCGCACGAAGAUAGGGCAAGUGACAGCUCCCGGUCCUUCCCCGGCGUCCUACGAAAGGGCUCGUGCACAUCUGCCUCGGCCUCUCCCUCCUGGAUACAGGCUCGGCGAUCCACAGCCCGAUCCGAGGGCUCUGUCCCCAGCACCGGGCCAUACAAAGCGGAUGAUACGUAAUAUGACUGAAUCCGCUCAACGUUUAGACCCUCAGCACAAUAGCUUCCAACCGAUUCGUGAUCGUAGACUAAGUCCCGGCUCACAAUACCUU